GUGUUUGCGAUACACCAGACUCAUGACAGACCUAUGACGUCUGAAAAUGACCAAUAUUCUAUUCAUGAGCAGGAGUAUUCUAACAUUCAUGAAAAACAAGGAUGAACUGUGGUUUAUUUGUUUUUUUGCUUAAAUCUAAAAAUUGAAGUUAGUUUAGUAGUUGACUGUUGCAGUCAUUUGGAUGUUUUGCAUGCAUUUCACUAGGAAGACUAAGAGCUAAGACUUUUUUAUUGCCAUGGCCUUGACUGUCUUCAUGUUGUUUUGCACCACGCCCUUGUGUUGACUUUUGCAUACGAUAUUUUUCAGGCACCCGCUUUAUAUAACGCAAGAAGGCAGCUGCAAGGACACGAGGAUGUGAAAGAGCCAGUGCAGCGCGACUUCACGUAGUGCAGAGGAGCCAAUGCCAAAAAAUCAAAAUACAUUGGCAUGUUAUUUGGACAAGAAAACUAGGACAACCCAGGACGUGCAUUUCUCAGCACCCAGUCAACUGCCAAAAGUGACUCAAACACAGGCCACCAGUGGAACUCGGCUGUACCACUGCAGUGCUGUGGAAAUUUCCUCCACCAGCGGCUUUGCAACAGCUGUUUCGCAGCAUGUCGGAGACAAUGCCUACGAAAUUAUUGGCCCUGAUCAUGAGAGCCCUCAAGGGGCAAACAACAUCUCUGUUGCAGAAGUGAGCCCGAUACCACUUGGAAGUUACCAUGACAGAUGACACGGCAGCAAUAGAUACAGAGACUGCCAUGUCUACUGCAGCUGCAACAGUGUACGAGGCAAGCAGCAGCGCGUCAGCAUCAGCAGCAGUGUCAGAAGGAACCACACCAGGCCUGGUAGAGCAACAUGUGUGCUAUCACUGAUUUUUUUUGUAGUGGAUACAACUCAUUUGCUCAACAUACAAAAGCUGUUCACCACGACUGU